AUGUCGUCAUCGUCGUCGAUUUUGACGCCGGCGCAGAAGUACGCGGCAGGAGCGCUGUUUGGGCUGGCGCUGCAUCAGGCUCAGAUCCACCAGACUCGCCCAUUGGGUUUUCCCUCUGUUGACGACGAUGAUGGCCGCUCGUCGGAUGAGCGUGUCAGCAGUGGCAGCAGUUCUGACUCCGUUUCGGAGGAUCCCCAGCUUUGGGUCCACGAAUCUUCAUGCCUUCUCCGCCCAAUUUUCAAGUUUCUAGAGAUUGAUAAUAAAGCGUGGUCCGGACUCGAGGAAACUUCUGGAUGUUCACCACCAAAGCAUCAUGUUGGAGCGUUCCUAAGGCUUCUUGCAGAAGAAAGUGGUGGCAUGCCUUCAGAAGCUGUAGAUAAGGAACAUGCUUUGGCGAAUGGCGUGGAUGCCAUGGCUUCAAGCAUGGAAAGAAAUUCUGUUGAUGAUGAGUCCAAAAAGGAGAAGCAUCGUGAGUAUAAGAAUGCUUGUCAGGAGAAGUUUUCGAGUGCUGAAAUAGUGUCCAAAACUAAACAGGAAGAGGAAAAAGUGCCUGACAAUAGUCCGAAGGAGAUAAGUCACAAGCAAUCUAUCACUGAACAAGUACAUAUACAAGCCAGCUUUGAAUUUGAUGAAAAACAAUUGGAAGAGGUAAGUUAUCCAAGGAAAGUGGCAGUUCUAUAUGAACUUCUUUCAGCUUGUCUGGCAGAUAUACCUGGAGACGACAAGAAAUGCACCAGGCAAAGAAAGGGAUAUGAUGCAAGACACCGUGUGGCAUUACGGUUGCUAGCUGCAUGGUUUAAUGUGAAGUGGAUAAAACUGGAAGCCAUGGAAACCAUGGUUGCUUGUUCGGCAAUGGCUCUAUUAAAAGAGGAAGAAUCAAAAGAAGAAACCCAAUCUCCAAAAACCUCAUGGGCUAAGUGGAAACGUGGAGGUAUCAUAGGUGCUGCUGCAUUAACUGGAGGAACCUUAAUGGCAAUUACUGGCGGUUUAGCUGCUCCAGCAAUUGCGGCAGGGUUUGGUGCUUUAGCACCCACAUUAGGAACUAUAAUCCCAGUGAUUGGAGCAAGUGGGUUUGCUGCUGUUGCCACUGCUGCAGGAAGUGUUGCUGGUUCUGUUGCAGUUGCAGCAUCUUUUGGUGCUGCUGGAGCUGGACUUACAGGUAGUAAAAUGGCUAGGAGAAUUGGAGAUGUUGAUGAAUUUGAGUUCAAAGCGAUAGGAGAAAAUCAUAACCAAGGACUGCUAGCAGUUGAGAUCUUGGUGUCUGGAUUUGUUUUUGAGAAGGAAGAUUUUGUGAGACCUUGGGAAGUACAACAUGAUAACUUGGAGAGGUAUGCACUGCAGUGGGAGUCUAAGAAUCUAAUUUCUGUAAGCACAGCAAUUCAAGACUGGCUUACUUCAAGACUUGCCAUGGAAAUGAUGAAGCGAGGUGCCAUGAUGACUGUACUAAGCUCACUUUUAACAGCAUUGGCUUGGCCAGCAGCAUUACUUACUCUUACUGACUUUAUCGAUAGCAAAUGGGCAAUUGCUGUGGACAGAUCUGAUAAGGCUGGAAAACUGCUUGCUGAAGUAUUGUUAAAGGGAUUGCAAGGACAUAGGCCUGUGACACUUGUAGGUUUCUCACUUGGUGCAAGAGUUAUUUUUAGUUGUCUCCAGAUUUUGGCUGAAAGUGAAAAUAGUGCUGGACUUGUGGAAAGAGUUGUUCUACUUGGAGCACCCAUUGCAAUUAAAGAUAUGAAUUGGGAAGCUACUCGAAAGGUGGUGGCUGGGAGAUUUGUGAAUGCAUAUUCUACUAAUGAUUGGAUACUUGGAAUUGCAUUCCGUGCCAAUCUUCUUACACAAGGAUUGGCGGGAAUUCAACCGGUGGAAGUGCCUGGAAUUGAAAAUGUUGACGUAACUAGCAUAAUUGAUGGUCACUCCUCGUAUCUUUGGAGUACCCAAGAGAUCCUAGAACAGCUCGAACUGGAUACUUAUUAUCCUAUUUUCAGUCCCCCUGCUUUCAAAACAUAG